UCCUGCCAUAAAACCAUUUUCGCUCACUUCUAGUGUUUCCCUCUGGACUUCCUCUCCCUCUCCGUGAUUCUCGAGUGCUUGUCUUCCUCCUGCCUUGCCUAGCCUUGGGCAUCUCUUCAGGAUAACCCUACACUGACGUCACCAUGACGGUGAAGCGUCGCAAUGGAGGGCGCAACAAGCACGGCCGCGGGCACGUGAAGCCCAUCCGCUGCUCCAACUGCGCUAAGUGCUGCCCCAAGGACAAGGCGGUGAAGCGGUUUCUGGUGCGCAACAUUGUCGAGCAGGCUGCGGUGCGCGACGUGCAGGAGGCGUGCGUGUAUGACGGCUACGCGCUCCCGAAGCUGUACGCCAAGGUGCAGUACUGCAUCUCGUGCGCCAUCCACUCGCACGUGGUCCGCGUGCGCUCGCGCCAGGCCAGGCGCAUCCGUGAGCCGCCCAAGAGGCCCGGGCGCAAGGACGACCGUGGCAAGCCCGGUGCUGCUGGUGCCCCCGGCGGCCGCCCAGGCGCCCCCCCUGCUGCUGGCGGUGCUCCUGGCGCUGCUGGCGGCGCUCCCAGGACUUAAAUAGCCGCUACUACAACAGUGUAGGCUCAUAAGUCAAGCUGCAUACAGGCUGCCUUCUCCUCAUCCUCUCCCGCUCUCGAUCUCUCUCCCUCUGCGGUUGUUCACCACGGAACAGGGCACUCGCCUGUUUGUGCUGGCACCUACUUGCACCAACGUCCAUCUCCACUCCCCCCACCCACCACGUUUCCUGCCACCACCACUACUACCGCUGCCAUAGCUGAGUCUACUGUCAACAGGAAUGCCACGCUAUGGGGUACCUUGCACAAUGUGGUAUAGGUGCUGCGGCCUGGAUGCUUGAUGUGUACAGGUAGGCAGCAAUUUUAUUGGAAGAAAUUGACCCUACAGCAGAUUGCCAGUCCAGCUGCGUCGUUUCUGAAGUCUAAUGGAUGGUUCUGCGCACAAGAACGUGUAAUUUCAAAUGACACCUAAUGCUUUGGUAGUGAAAUGGC